GUUCCCCUCCCUCGUCCGGACCAGACACCAACCCCCCCGUUCCCAAAUCCCACCAGGCCACCACCCCACCGCCGUCGCCUCCUCAUCGGCGGUGAGCCACCCUCACCUCCACCUCCUCCCCCUCCGCCUAACCACCCGUCCGCUGUAUAAACCCGACUCCGAGCCGACGCGGGCGCGCCCCCUUGCUCGCCCACGCGCGCAUCGGGCUGCGGCUAGGGUUUCAUGCGCCCCGCCGCCGCCGCAGCCGCAGCCGCAGCCGCCGAUGUCGCACGCCGGCAAGUCCGUAUCUGUUAACCUCAACCGAUCGUACGGCCAGUACGCCCCAUCCCAACAUGGCGGCCGCCCCUCCCGCCCCGCUCCACCCUCCACCGGCGGCGGGGGCAUGGUGGUGCUCUCCCGCGGUCGCGGCCCUUCUGCGGCCAAGCCCAAGCUUUCCGUACCUCCGCCGCUGAACCUCCCCUCGCUCCGCAAGGAGCACGAGCGCUUUGAUGGCACCGCCGCCACCAAGGGCCGUGGAGUCUCCUCAGCCCCGGCUCGAUCCGCCGGGGCCGUGGCAGGAUGGACGAAGCCUGCUCCGGCCUCCGAGAAGCCCCCUGGCUCAGUUCCGCUUACUAGCGACGUUGCCAGGCACCCGUCAUAUGGAUUCCAGGAGAAAUCCAACGUCUGGCGGGGGGAGGACUUCCCAUCUCUGAAAGCAGCAGUUGCGCCACCCCCUCCGCCGCCUGUUCAGCAACGCCGCAAGGACAGUGAUGAGGCUCGGGCUGCCACGCCGGAGGCUCGGCACAUGCCCCUUGGCAUGCGGCCACAGGUGAUGCCCUCACGUGGUAAUGAGCCCUUGGCUUCUAGUGGUGGCACAGGUGCUGGUGGCCAUGCUUCAGUGGAGAAGGCACAGAAGCAUGAUUUGGGACCGCUUCCGCUGGUGCGUCUUAGGUAUGAUUCUAAUUGGGCUGAUGAUGAGCGUGAUACAGGGCUGAGCCUACCAGAGCGUGACAGUAAGGAGAGGGGAUUUGGUAGGAGUGAACCCAUGAUUCCAGGGCACAACCUUUAUGGUGCGAUGAGAGAACCCUUAAAAAAUGAGUCUUUCAGGAAAGAUUUGGUUGCUGCAAAUAAAGAGGGUGAACAAGACAGUUUGUGGCGACCUCUUGGGCCCAGCCACAAUAUAGAGAGGACAGACGAUCGCCCAUACAGUGCAGGGAAGGGGAGCAGCGGACAAAUUUACCGUGAAAGGUUGUCUAAUGGUUCCUCCAAGGAUUUGUGGAAUACUAACAGGGAGCCGGCUCUGCGAUCCUAUGGACAGAAUGGGGCAGAACUUUAUGGGAGUGCACGUUUGGGGGAGACUGCUGGCGAACGUUACAGUGAUAAUUCGAAUCAUUGGUACAGAGGGAGUUCUUUUCAUAACAAUGCUGUUUCCAAGAUGCAACCAGUUCUUGGUUAUAAAGGACUUUUACUUAAUGAGCCAGUACCAAAAUUUGGCAGGGAGAAGCCGCUCAUUGGAAGCCCUGUGAAGCCUUUAGUUGAGGAUGGCAGUUUUGAUAGCAUUGCUGCCGUUAAUUUGAGUUCAAUAAAGAAGAAAAAGGAAGCAAUCAGACCAUCUGAUUUCCAUGACCCAGUAAGGGAGUCAUUUGAGGCAGAGCUAGAUAUGAUCUUGAGGGUACAAGAGCAAGAGAGACAGCGGGUAGUGGAAGAACAGGCCAGAGUCAGAGAAAUUGCUCAGAAACAAGAGGAGGAGAGGGAGAAGUUGAUAAAAGAGGAGGAGGAGAGGCGGCGAUUAGUGGAAGAAGAGGCGAAACAGGCUGCUUGGCAAGCUGAGCAAGAGACGCUAGAAGCUGCCAGAAGAGCUGAGGAGCAGAGAAUUGCUAGGGAGGAAGAGAAGAUGAGGGUUGCUAUUGAGGAGGAGCGUCGCAGGGAGGCUGCACGUCGAAAGCUCCUAGAAUUGGAGGCAAGGAUUGCUAGACGACGAGCGGAAUCAGAACUGAGUGAUGGAAAUCUUACUUCAGCAACCAAUGAUAAACUAGCGCUUGGAGCCUUGAAGGAGAGAGAUCUGUCACAGUCUACUAAUGCUGGUGAAAGACAUGAUAUUAACAGAACAGGGGAGCACAUCAAUACCUCUUCAUCAUCGGAGUCCUCUAGUCUCAACAGGUACAGUGAUACAGUUCCAAGGGUUCUGCACACUUUGGGAGAUGGAAACUCAUGCUUUGUUGAUAGAGAACAUGCAUAUCAGAGUGCAAGGGGUGCAUUUGAAGAUCAGGAGAAUCCAUAUUACAGUCCACGGCAUGACCUUUUUGGUCCAAGGAGGGGAACUUUCCCUAAGAAAAAUUCUUAUGAUGGAUUUGGGGCUUUGUCAGUCAGGCCAACUUCGAGAGGUCAGACAACUGAUUCACCAUGGGCACUGGAAGAUUACCGUCAUGGAAGAGUUCCAAGAUGGGAUAUACCAAGGGAGAAUGAAUGUUUUGACAAGCAGCCUGACUUUGACACUGAGUUCUUUAACAGUGACAAAUUUGGAGGUGCUGCAUGGCUGCCUAGUAGUUCCCAUGGAAGCCCUGGUGCUCAACAAGGAGAUAGGAUGUUUCCGAACUCUGAGGCUAAUGACUUCUCAUCUUUUACAAGAUCCCGCUACUCUAUGCGUCAACCACAUGUUCCCCCACCUCCUGUUGUGACCUCAGUGCAUAGAAGUGCAGUUAACGCUUCUGCUCAACGUGCCAAUUCAUCUUUCAUUGAUGGUGGAACGAGAGAGAGUUCCAGUAAAGAUGAUGAACAAACUACACACAGUCAAUAUGUUGCUGCAUAUGAAGAGGCAUCCCACCAGCAUGGGACAUUAGGUGAAGACAUUGUUGCCAGUGAACAGCAAAAUGGGGACAGGGCGAGCUCUAUGUUGGGCUCACAAUCUUCUCUUUCUGUUUCAAGUCCUCCUAGCUCACCUCCACAUGUUUCACAUGACGAGAUGGAUGUUUCUGGUGAUUCGCCUGCACUGCCAACUUCCUCUGAUGGUGAUCGAACUGUGGUGUCUGACAAUGGCCAUGCAACUUCAACCUUAGAUGCAGCAAACAUAAGCAGAAUCAAUACCUCAAGCAUGGCUUGUCACAUGGAGGAUGAUGAAUGGCCAAGUGAACAUAAUGAAGCCAAGCAAAAACAGGAUGAGUAUGAUGAGGAAGGCAAUAGCUACCAGGUAGAUGAAAUCAAUGGCGCUGAUGACGAGAACCUUGACCUGGAUGGUGAGUUUGCAGAACCUGUUGGGAUGGAACCGGUUAUACUUGGAUUUGAUGAGGGUGUACAGGUUGAAAUUCCCCUGAACAAUGAGCUUGAAUUAACUUCUGUGAAGAGCACUGAAAGGGAAGUUGGUGUACACUCAGGUGUCAUGGAGCAAGAGUUGGGUAGGGGUUCAGUUGGUCAACUUGUUACGGUCACGGAAGCAGAGAAAGCACUCCAAGACUUGGCUCUUGAUCAAGCAAAUACCUCGACAGAUGAAUCUGAUGGUCAUCCAUCCAGUAGCACAGCUGUGUCAAGCUCCAAGUUACCUCAGGCACCAUUGACCAAUCCUAUUAUGUCAUCAACUUCAGGGGUAAUUAACCAAAAUGAAGUUCUUGUUAAUCUCCAGUUUGGUUUGUUUUCUGGGCCUUCUUUAAUACCAACUCCGGUUCCAGCCAUUCAGAUUGGUUCCAUACAGAUGCCAAUCCAUCUCCACAAUCAGAUUAAUCCAUUCGUGGCUCAAAUGCAGCCUUCGUCAGCUCCUUUAUUCCAGUUCGGUCAGUUGAGGUAUGUCCGCCCUAUUGCUCAGAAUGUCCCGUCACAUUCUCAGGCAAUGCCCUCCAUUCAGCUCCCCACCGCAACUCAACACACAUCGAAACAUAAUGCUUCAGGUGGUCUCCCUAAUGAGAUGAAACAUGAUGCCUAUCAGAAUGUCCCAAGAGAGUUAGCCUCUUCUAGCUAUAUCGACAAAUCGGUUUUACCUGCAGCCAAGCUUCCGUGUGUGAUGGAGCAUUCAAAUUUUCAUCAGCCCAAUGCACCUGCAAAUGGCCCGAUAGCUGACAUAAAUGGAUUCCACAGCCAUCUGCAUCUGGACAGAAGUUUGAUUGGGGAAAAUGCAACUUUUGGAAUUUCAAAAGCUGAAGCUCAGCCAAAUCAUGAUUUCUCUUUAAAGAGGAAUCACAAACAUACUGCCAACAACAGAGAAUCUUCUCAUGUUGGUUCAGAUGGAAAAGCCUUGAGUAGCCGAAAAGUUCCAGGUGCUGUAUCUGGUGGAAGAGGAAGGAAAUAUGUGUAUGCUGUUAAAGAAUCUCAUAUGGGAUCGGCAGAUUCAGUUGUUGAACCUUUUCAUAAAGAUUCCAGAGGAUUCCCAAGAAGGUCUCGUAGGAAUAUAAGAAGAACUGAAUUUAGAGUGCGGGAAAAUCUCGAGAAGAACCAAACCCAAGCUUCUGAAUCAUUUAUUUAUGGUGAGCAGAAUGAGACCAAUGGAUCAGCAAGGGAGGCUUCAGUGAGAAAUCUGAACAGAAAGGAAGGUGAUAAGUCACUUAUGACAAAUGACACAAGUGAUGUUAUUGGAGCAGGCUCUUCAUCUGCACCUGCUAAUUACUACAGUAAAACAGAGAGAAGUGUGCAAAAGGCUCCAUCCUAUGAAAGAUCUCAUGGCGGGAACAAGAAAUCUAGAGCAGGUGCUGUUCCUGAAGGACGUGCUAAUACCUCGUUGCAGGCUGGCGCUGUACGUGUUGUUAAGCAGCAAGGCAUUGAAGUCCCUGUUGAUGCAGAUGGUUUCAUUCAAGUAAGGUCCAAGAAACAGAUCAUGAGUGUUAGGAGAGAGCAAAGGGAGAAAGAAAAUAGAUCCAAACUGAGGAUGUCAAAGGCUCCCCGCAAACAGCAUCAAGUUUCUCUGCACAGUUCGAGUUUUAAUAAAGGAACAGUUUCUUUGGGCGUACAACCUGCAAAGAAAGUUUAUUCCGAUUCUAUUGUGGCUGUUGAAGGAAGAGUCCUCAACCAUGUUGAACCAUCAGCUCCAUUCAAGGGUGAUACAUCUCUGAUGACAUCCACAGGGCCACAUUCAAUUAACCCAGGGUCUCAUGCAAAUUACUAUGUGAAGAAGCCUAUCCAAAGUCAGGCAACCUCCGACUUGGUCAUUUCUAGUGCUGCAGCAAAGCUAGUGGCAGGCUUAUCUGAAAGCAAUAAUAAAGAAUCAUCCACUAGCAUGUCAUUUAACAUGUGUUCCUGGGAUAGUUCACAAAUAAACCAACAGGUUAUGCCAUUAACUCAAACUCAACUAGAAGAAGCCAUGAAACCAGCGAAGUUUGAACAAGCAGGUCCUGGCUUUCCUUUGGAGUCCAACCAUGCUCUGUCUCCCACUGCAACCACAGAAAAGGCAUGCACAUCAUCUGCUAGCCCUAUUAACUCUCUUCUGGCUGGGGAAAAAAUUCAAUUUGGGGCAGUUACCUCACCAACUGUAUUGGCUCCAAUCACCCGAACGAUUUCAAGUGGGCUUGGUGCUCCAGGUUCAUCUAGGUCUGAUAUGAAGAUUGACCGAAUCUUGCCUGGUGACAAUAAUGGUACUGCUGUUUUGUUCGAUGAGAAGGCUACUACCAAAGAACCAUGUCCAAAUCCAGAAGUGAUUGCGGCUGAAGCUGAGGCUGAAGCAGCUGCUUCUGCUGUGGCUGUAGCAGCUAUUUGCACUGAUGAGGUAGUUGGAUCUGCAGCGGAUGCAACUGCAGCUUCUGCUCCAGACAACAAAAGCUUUAGCAGUAAGGAUCUCACUGGGUUUACAGCAGGAGGGACAGGUCAACCUGGUCAAUCAUCCAGAGAAGAGCCACUGACAGUUGCUCUUCCAGCAGAUUUGUCAGUUGACACUCCGUCAAUGUCCCUGUGGGCUCCUUUGCCCAGUCCACAGGCACCAGGCCCAAUGCUUUCUCAGUAUCCUGGUGUACAGCCAUCACACUUUUCCUGCUUUGAGAUGAACACUAUGUUAGGAGCACAUCCAUUUGCAUUUGGACCAAGUGAUGAAUCUGCCGGCACUCAGGGUCAACAGCCUCAAAGAAGCAACGCCUUACCUUCAGCACCUUUGGGUGCUUGGCCACAAUGCCAAUCUAUGGUCGACUCGUUUUAUCGUCCCCCAACUGGGUUUGCUGGUCCUUUCAUUAGCCCUGGAGGAAUCCCAGGAGUGCAAGGUCCUCCACAUAUGGUGGUAUACAAUCACUUCGCCCCAGUUGGGCAGUUUGGUCAAAUGGGGCUUGGUUUUAUGGGAGCCCCAUAUAUCCCUGGUGACAAGCAGCCAGAUUGGAAGCAAAACCAAGGACCUUCUGUUGUUGGCGUUAGCCAGAGUGAUCCAAGCAACCAAAAUAUGCUACCUGGUCAAGUAAUCUCACCCAAUGGUCCUACCCAAGUGCAGCAUCUACGACCAAAUUCUAUCAUGCCAAUCCCAUCCCCGCUAACCAUGUUCGACAUGGCUCCAUUCCAGUCAUCUACGGACAUACAGAUGCAACCUUGUUGGCCACAUAUGCCUGUACCGCCUCUACACCCUAUCCCAUUAUCACUGCAACUGCAACAGCAUUCAGUAGAGGGUACACCUGCACCACAGUUUGUUCAUAAUGGGCCAAUUGACAAUAAGUCAAGUGCAAAUAACCGGUUCCAGGAGCCCUCAACAUCUGCUGCGCCAUCAGAUAGCAACAAGAGCUUCCCAAGUACAGCUGGCUCUCAGUUUACUGAUGAGUUAGCGUUGAGCAGUUCAAAUGCUCAAACUGUCCAGCCUUCGUUUGUUCGGACAGGCAUGAUCAGCAAUGAAGUCCAAAACAGUGCCAAAGUUGUGGUCAGGGUGAACCCACCAAAUGUCAACCCUGGAAGUGCUGCAGGGGUGACUAGCAGCCCCAACUCUGGCCAGGUUGCCAGCAUGCACUCCAAGCCCCACCAUUCUUCAUCAUCAUCAGAUCAACAGUACAAACAUCCUGUAAAUAAUCUGGACCGUCGGGCCCAAGUGACCCAAAAGACUGGAACUGUGAAUGAGUGGCCACGUCGGCCAGGAUAUGCAGGCAGGAGUCAAAACUCUGGUUCUGACAAGAACUUGGGCACCGGUAGGAUGAAGCAGAUCUAUGUCGCGAAGACGUCAUCAACAAGUCGACAUGGCCCAUCAGGCUAGAGCAGCAGAUAUGUAUGCUUUUGGCAGGAACAGCUCAAUUUUCUUUGCAUGAGAUACAUGCGAAACACACUCACUGUGUCUGAUCUAUAGUUUGUUGGUGACUAUAGCAUGUGUCAGCUGUCUAUUUAUGGUUCCUUUUCACACAUACAGAAAAGAAAAAGCAGUGUGGUUGCAGUGUUCAAACCUUUUGAAGCAAUAUUGCGUCAUGCCUAGAUAAGUUUCGCAGCUGGUGAAAUAUUGUGUGUAUGUCAAUCGUAUGCUGCCUCAAUUGUUAUUGUGAAUUACUAUUAUUUAUUGCCUGACUCGGAGGGCCAGGUAGCCUCGGAGGAAGAUUGUGAAAUGUGUUUAUAAUCCAAAUUGGAGCUAUUUUUGUGGAAACAAAUCUACUGCAGCGUCCAGUUGUAACAUCGGAAUAUGAUAUUCCUCUUACUUUAUGGACGUUAAAUUAUACCA